UUAUGAAAACUGCUGUGUUCUAGAGGCUCGUAUUUGUUACGACGUGGCCAAGCUGAUGUCCCUCAACUCAGAAAGGAAGAAGACUGAACGGAGCAUGAAGUUCUUUAAAGACCUACAGUCCAAGGAGCACAUCCCCUCCAUGAUCAACCCCAAACCCUGUGGACAUCUCUGCUGCUGUAUUAUCAAGGGCUGUGAACAGGAGGAGGCAGUGAGUUACUACACCAAGCUGGAGUCCAAGCUGAAGGAGGAGUACAGGAAGGAGAGAGAGAAGGUCAACAGUAAACCACUGGGAAUGGCCUUCGUUACCUUCCAGAACGAAGCCAUGACCGCCAUUAUCCUGAAGGAUUACAAUGCGUGUAACUGUCAGGGCUGCCACUGUCAGAGGGAACCCAGGUCUUCCUCCUUCAGCCAGCACCUUCACACGUAUUCCUGGACGGUCGGCUACGCACCAGACCCACAGAACGUCUACUGGGAGCAUCUGUCAGUCGGAGGGUUCCCCUGGUGGCUGAGAUGCUUCAUCAUCAACUGUAUCCUCUUCCUCCUCCUCUUCUUCCUCACAACCCCCGCCAUCAUCAUCUCCACCAUGGACAAGUUCAACGUCACCAAGCCUGUCGAGUACCUCAACAACCCCAUUGUGACCCAGUUCUUCCCCACCCUGCUGCUGUGGGCCUUCUCCGCCCUGCUCCCCACCAUCGUAUACUACUCGGCCUUCUUCGAGGCCCACUGGACACGGUCUGGAGAGAACAGGACAACCAUGCAUAAAUGUUACACCUUCCUCAUCUUCAUGGUCUUACUGCUGCCCUCUCUAGGACUCAGCAGUCUGGACGUUUUCUUCAGAUGGCUGUUUGAUAAGCGCUUCCUGGCUGACGCUGCUGUGAGGUUUGAGUGUGUGUUCCUGCCUGACAACGGGGCGUUCUUUGUGAACUAUGUCAUCGCGUCGGCGUUCAUCGGUAACGCGAUGGAUCUGCUGAGGAUCCCUGGUCUGCUCAUGUAUAUGACCCGGUUGUGUCUGGCUCGCUCUGCUGCCGAGAGACGCAACGUCAAGAGGCACCAGGCGUAUGAGUUCCAGUUCGGGGCGGCUUACGCCUGGAUGAUGUGUGUCUUCACUGUGGUCAUGACAUACAGCAUCACCUGUCCAAUCAUCGUCCCCUUCGGUCUGAUGUACAUGCUAUUGAAGCACUUGGCAGAUCGCUACAACAUGUACUAUGCUUACCUUCCCUCCAAGCUGGACAAGAAGAUCCACUCUGGGGCCGUCAACCAGGUGGUGGCAGCACCCAUCCUCUGUCUCUUCUGGCUCCUGUUCUUCUCCACUCUCCGCACAGGUUUCUCCGCCCCUACCUCUAUGUUUACCUUCAUCGUUCUGAUCAUCACCAUCAUCGUCUGCCUGUCCCAUGUCUGCUUCGGGCACUUCAAAUAUCUCAGCGCUCACAACUACAAGAUUGACGCGGAGAAUGUGGAUGGUGUACAGAACGGUCGUCCAGCACGCACCUCUCCCUUCAAUAAGUCAGCACAGAUGUACAUUGCCUCGGUCCUCCAGGACCCCAGCUUAGACGAGCUGGGUUCGGCUGGCAGCGGGGUCAGCGAGGGUUCGCAGGACGAGGAGAUCAUCCAAGUGGGGAACAGCCUCAAUGAGGCCGACUUCCAGAGCGGCGAGGACAGUCUCCUUGCUAACGAGGUGCGGCACUGACGUCAGGGGACGCCGGAGACGGCUGUCAGGGUGGAGACGGAGGACGGGGAGAGAGAAGAUGAGACUGAGAUGGCAGAAACUAAAGUUUAAUUUCACUGAGUGGAUGGAUGCACUGACCUAGUGUGUUAAGCUACAGAGCUGAAACGGACGGACACAGCUUUAAAAGACCACUAACCUUGUAGUCCUGAACAGACUAUUACAUUGUCUACACACCACACACACACACCACACACACCACACACCACACCACACACACACAGAGAGUGUGUACUAAAGGACGGGUAACUCUCCCUUACAACUAUUGAUCUAGCGCUGACUGUGAAGGAGAGAUCUUUCCUUCCCAUAAUCCUUUGCCUGUUCUGCCUGCACCCCUAAUCGUCUCUGUGCCCUAGAGGCUUCGUCACAAUAAGCAGCCUAAUAUGAGAAGAAGAAGAGGAGGAGGAGAAAUGUCUGUCAGCAUCACACACACACACACUGUUCGCCUGCUCUGGUCUCCCCCUGCUCUGUCCCGACGGUCUCCGGGAGUCUCUGGGUGGUUCCAACCCUGUGUAAAAAAUAAAUAAAAAAAGGAAUGUGGUCACCAUGACGACGACCACUGUAACAAACUGAACUAAACACUCCUCUGCUUUUCAUUUUUGUUGUUCAGCAACAAAAACUAUUUUUAGGCAUGGUUAUUUUUAAGUUGGUCUGAAAACUUUAAUAAUCAAUUAACUACUUGUUUCGACAUAAAAAUAAAAUAAAAAAACAACUGCGGAUGGAUGGAUCAUGGAACAUGGAUACUGUCCCUCGUAACAACAAGGUCGCUCUGUCUUCUGGCCUGUUCUGCCCUGAGCGACUGUAGUGGGACUGCGGCUCCAGACUGAGCCCUAAUGGAGCCGCCCUAACAUAACUGAAGGCAGUCCAGAGCCCCUAGUGGAGAGGAGGAUGCCCCCAGGAAGCAGAUAUGAAGUGGAUAUGACAGCCCAACCUCUACCCUGUUUUGCGUCCCACAACUAUGGUUGCAAAAAAUUCCCAAAAUUGUCCCAGAGUUCCCAGGUUUUUCAAUAUGUUGGUUAGAAGUUUAUUGGAAUAAGGGAUUUCUGGGGGGGAAAAACCUAGGAACUUUGGGAAAGUUUCUGUAAUUGUGCAACCUCAGCCUCCUCCGGCUAGGACUCUGUGGGACCGUGUUCUUCGCCUCAGCCUCCUCCGGCUAGGACUCUGUGGGACCGUGUUCUUCGCCUCAGCCUCCUCCGGCUAGGACUCUGUGGGACCGUGUUCUUCGGUAGAGGGAGAGCUCGACCCUUGAACUCUUGGUCUGUGACCUGUAGUUUCCCCCAGGCCUCUCCUCCCUGUUACUAUGGACGCGUUCAGCAGGGGGAGGACACAGCGUUGUUGAACCUUCAGAUAUAAUUAUGUUAUGUAGAACAAAUACGGCUCUCUGAAAUGUGGAAUAAGGAAUCAUGUCAACUCUUUUCUUAACAUUUCUAUCUACAACGUUCCACAAUGUUCCACAACGUUUGCCUCCUGAAUGUGACCCUGGCCCCUGCUCUGACUGGCCCGUCUCUGUGAGCCUGGCCCCUGCUCUGACUGGCCCGUCUCUGUGAGCCUGGCCGCUGCUCUGACUGGCCCGUCUCUGUGAGCCUGGCCCCUGCUCUGACUGGCCCGUCUCUGUGAGCCUGGCCCCUGCUCUGACUGGCCCGUCUCUGUGAGCCUGGCCCCUGCUCUGACUGGACCGUCUCUGUGACCCUGGCCCCUGCUCUGACUGGCCCGUCUCUGUGAGCCUGGCCCCUGCUCUGACUGGCCCGUCUCUGUGAGCCUGGCCCCUGCUCUGACUGGCCCGUCUCUGUGAGCCUGGCCCCUGCUCUGACUGGCCCGUCUCUGUGACCCGGGCCCCUGCUCUGACUGGCCCGUCUCUGUGACCCUGGCCCCUGCUCUGACUGGACCGUCUCUGUGACCCUGGCCCCUGCUCUGACUGGCCCGUCUCUGUGACCCUGGCCCCUGCUCUGACUGGCCCGUCUCUGUGACCCUGGCCCCUGCUCUGACUGGACCGCCUCUGUGUUCUAGCUAGCUCCUCUAGUGACUCUCAUCUCAAGACAAGCCUCUUUAUUUUGGUGUUUACAAUCACUGUACAAAAGGUUGUUUCACUGUCUGUUGGUUGGUUUGAACAUUUGUUUUAUUUAGGAAAUGUAAUAAUAAUCAUCUUUGUUGGAUGUAGGAAGGUUUUCUCCUUUCUGCCAACUCUGUAA